AUGGCGAGGCUGCGGGAUUGCCUCCCCCGCCUGAUGGUCACGAUCCGGUCCCUGCUCUUCUGGUCCCUGGUCUACUGCUACUGCGGGCUCUGCGCUUCCGUCUACCUGCUCAAACUUUUGUGGAGCAUCGGCAAGGGACCCACGCAGACCUUCCGGAGGGUCGCCCGGGAACACCCUCCAGCGUGCUUGAACGACCCCUCUUUGGGUACCCACUGCUACGUGCGGAUCAAGGAUUCGGGGUUAAGAUUUCAUUAUGUUGCCGCUGGAGAAAGAGGCAAACCACUUAUGCUGCUGCUUCAUGGAUUUCCAGAAUUCUGGUAUUCUUGGCGUCACCAACUAAGGGAAUUUAAAAGUGAAUACAGAGUUGUAGCGUUGGACUUGAGAGGCUAUGGAGAAACAGAUGCUCCCAUUCAUCGAGAGAAUUAUAAAUUGGACUGUCUAAUUACAGAUAUAAAGGAUAUUUUAGACUCUUUAGGGUAUAGCAAAUGUGUUCUUAUUGGCCAUGACUGGGGAGGCAUGAUUGCUUGGCUAAUUGCCAUCUGUUAUCCUGAAAUGGUGAUGAAGCUUAUUGUUAUUAACUUCCCUCAUCCAAAUGUAUUUACAGAAUAUAUUUUACGACACCCUGCCCAGCUGUUCAAAUCCAGCUAUUAUUAUUUCUUCCAAAUACCAUGGUUCCCAGAAUUUAUGUUUUCCAUAAAUGAUUUCAAGGCUUUGAAACAUCUGUUUACUAGUCACAGCACUGGCAUUGGAAGAAAAGGAUGUCAGUUAACAGCAGAAGAUCUUGAAGCUUAUAUUUAUGUUUUUUCUCAGCCUGGAGCAUUAAGUGGUCCAAUUAACCAUUACCGAAAUAUCUUCAGCUGUCUGCCUCUCAAACAUCACAUGGUGAUCACUCCAACACUACUACUGUGGGGAGAGAAAGAUGCAUUUAUGGAGGCUGAGAUGGCUGAAGGCACAAAGGUUUACGUUAAGAACUAUUUCAGGCUAACUAUUUUGUCAGAAGCCAGUCACGGGCUCCAGCAAGAACAACCUGACAUAGUGAACAAAUUGAUAUGGACAUUUCUAAAAGAAGAAACAAGGAGAAAAGACUGGCUUUUUCUGUGA